UCACUUUUUUUUUUGUAAUAACAAAAAUGUUUGAAGUUUGGAAAUAUUUGAUUACUUGUUGAAAAUUAUUGAUACUGAUAGAUAGUUAGUUUUUAGAAUUAGUAAGUCGCUUGUCGUUCUUGGAUCGGUGAAGUCAUCUUUAGUGUGUUACCUAGGUCUAGACUUGCUUCCCUGAUUGACUUUCGUAGGGUGUAGGGAGCAUAGCGAGUUUAUUAUUAUAUUUUAUAAGUGGCAGCUGAAAAACAUCGCACGCCUUGCCAAACAUUUUACUCUCUAUUUUUGUAACUCUUAAAUAUUUAUUUUUUAUUCUACCUGGCAAUCGCAAUCGUUUCGGGGAUUAGUUUGCAGACAUGAAUGGUCAAAGCAUUGUUCCAGCCCUGAGCAUGACGCCACACUCGACAAGGCGCGAAUCGGAGCGCACCUGCUGGAUAUGCUUUGCCACGGAAGCCGAGAACCGCAUGGCCACCUGGUUGCAUCCGUGUCAGUGCAGCGGCAGUACUAAGUGGGUGCACGAGAGCUGCCUUUAUCGCUGGAUCGACGAGAAGCAGAACGGGAAUUCGCGCACCAAGGUCACCUGCAUGCAGUGUCGCGUUGAAUACAUCAUUGUCUUUCCGAAGGUGAGCCGCGUGGCCACGGUCCUGGAGCGCAUCCAGAACUUCAUCCGCCAAUGCUGUCCGUUUUUGGCAGCAAGCGCGUUCUUGGGUUCCGUCUAUUGGACGGCUGUCACCUAUGGCGGCAUUACGGUCAUCCAGGUGUUUGGCCAGCAACGCGGCAUGGAGCUUAUGGAGAAGGGGGACCCAGUCUUUCUGCUGGUCGGCCUACCCUUCAUCCCAGUGGCACUGAUACUCAGCCGUCUCAUACGCUGGGAAGACGCCGUGCUGCGGCUCUGGCACAAACGCCGCGCCAUUGCAGGCAGCUUGCCUCUUGUCAAUCGUCUAUUCAAUCGGCAGCCCAUGCCCGGAGAACUGAUGCCGCUGCCAGUGCCCGAUGAGCCCGUGCAGUUCUCUCGCCUCUUCUGCGGUGGCAUUCUGUUGCCCAGCAUUGCCAAGCUAAUGGGCAAUAUCAUUUAUAGGAACAUGUCACCUCCGCUAUAUCGGACACUGCUUGGUGGCGCUACGUUCAUCGGGGUGAAGGGCAUCCUAACCAUAUAUUUGCGACAAAAACAGUAUCUGAGCAAAACGCGCCGCCACAUUGUCGACUAUACAGAGGAGAAUGUGCGUCUGUAUAUGUCGAACACAGGGGAUCAAUCUCCGGAAAAUGCACGGCAAAUAGCCGGCUCUGAGGACAAUGAAUCGGAGUUUGGCGAGGAGUAUGGGGUUUUGAAUUACGAUGUAGAUGAGGCUGAGGGAAUGGAUUUUAAUGUGGAUAUGGAUGUGAAUGUGGAUAUGGAUUUGGAUGUGGAUAUGGAUGUGGCUAUGCAGGUAAAUAUGGACAUCAUUGCGGACGUGGAUAAUGAGGCUGCCGAUGCGGACGUCGAUGUCGAUCCGGAUGCGACGCAAACGUCGGAGAUAGAUGAUUCCGAGUUCAAUGAUGUUAGAGAUCGUGUUAUUAUAAGCGUGCCAGACCGCCCAUAUACAUUGUUUCUUAGCUAAAUUGAAACAUGAUUCUAACCAAAUCAGGCAGCGGAGUGCCUCCAAUGACAAAACCAUGUGCGUGGAAAUACCAAGGACCAUCACAAUCUAAAUUCUUUUGUGUUUUAAAUACAUAGUUUUGCUGUACUAAGCAUAAUCGUAAA